GUCCAGCUGUACAUGGCUCUGCAUGCCAUGGACAAGGUGCCAUCAAAAUAUAGCCAGAGGGUAAAGAAGAAGACUUUGCCAGGACCAUGGAGAGCAUCCAGGAAGCGGAGUGGCUCUGCUCCAGGACAGCAGGCAGCAGAGAGACUGUUCAUGACUCAUGGGCAGGCGGCUCAGGACCCUGAAGUCCACAGGGUCAGUGAAUGUGUUUGCUUACGGCUUUUUAAAGAGUUUAAGCAAGCACGGAACAGGCCCAAGGACACAAGAGGAAAAACUCUGCCAAUUCCACAAUCAAUUGUGAUGGUAUACAGCCACUUAAAACAGCUGCUGGAGGACAGCAGAGCAGUUCUAGGACAGACUAACCUGGUUCUGGUCCCGAUAAACACCACUACUGUCUCCUCGUGGCUACUAAGAAGACAGAAACGUGUGGACAGAGACAUGCUGCUGCAGGGUACUGCACUGCCUAAACAAUUAUAUUUGGCAAAGGAGCCUCUUCCUGAAGUGCGUGAACUUCCAGCUGCUCCUGCACAGCAUGGGCAUGAGGCCAUGGAAUUCGAGGAGCCAGAAAAUCAGGAGGGAGAGGCCUUCAUUCGCAAACGCAUCUCCAACAGGUGCCCACUGCCCACCCCUCCUCCUGGAUCUUACUCGGCAUUUCCCAUAUACCCACCAGCACCACACUUUGCAUUCUCCCCUUUUGGGUCCUACCCACCCUUUCCCAGCUACCCACCAGGUCUACCAGUGCCUCAGUCUUCCCAGUGUAUGCCCCCUCCCCAGUUCCAGCUGCCUCCACAGCCACCUCCCCAGUUCCAGCCGCCUCCCCAGUUCCCCAGUAACCUGCCACCACAAACUUGUCCCUCCACUCAGCCCAGGCAGCGCACCUGGAGAAGGCAGAAAGCUGCCCAAGAGGAUGAGGAACGAGCAGCUAGAGGGGAACCACCACGGAAACGCCUAGCAAAGGAUAUAUACCACUAUAUCUGCAAACACUGUGGGCUGUCAAAAAACAAGACAACUGGCCACACUCAGCUGAAGGGUCGGUGGUAUUGCCCAGCCUCAGGCCUCUCUGUUGCACAGUGGAAGGAGAAUGUACAGGGAGCUCUUUGA